AUGGAACCGACAGACACGCUUUUAUCUCUCGAUAUGAGCCCACACGAUUGCUACUACCGAUUCCGAAGAGACUUCAACUACAUCAGUACCGUUAUAUACGUUCACGUCCGAGACCUCGGUAUCAUCCCACAAGAUUGCCAGACUUAUGGACCUGACGUGAUCAAAGAACUGGGAAAGGCUGUAGAAGUCUGGAAUCAACAAUGGACAACAUUAACAGUGUUUAGAAGGGAUGGCAAGAUUCAAUGGUUGCAAGACGACUGGAAGCCUCACUCUCUUCCACCCCAUGUGGUUCUGAAGGAUGUUCCUUGCGUGAAUGUUCUUGAUCUAAAUGUCGAACGAUUGCUGAAGAAUCGUAUCUUCAAGAAUUGUCCUUUUGAAUUUGAGCUUGAAUAUAUGGUCAGGGAAUUGAGGGCCUAUAACAUGCUUAGGGAAAGAGGGUGCACUCUGAUUCCCACCAUAUCUGCAUAUGUUUUCGAAAGAAGUGAUAAUCAGAUCAUCGGUUUCAUUUGUGAGGAGUUCAAAGGAGACUUUGCUGGGCCCGACAAUUACGCAGAAUGUAAGCGUAGCCUUCUUCAACUUCACUCGUACGGCCUCAUUCAUGGAGAUUUAAACAAGUUCAAUAUCAUCAUCACUGCGAAUGGCCCUCGAUUUUUCGAUCUUGAGAAAUCAAUAUUCGAUUCCGAUAUUGGCCUCUCAGAACAUGAGUUUUCACGCCUGCAAGAAGAAGAACUGAAUGGACUAGAAAAGGCUUUGCGUGAUGAAGAGGGUUGGGGAAAGCCCUGGCUCUGA